GCUGGAGGGCGGGGCCCGGGCGGGAGGCUCCGAGAGCUCAGCGCCCCCGGGCGCAAGUCUAGUCGCGGAGGCGCACCAGCGGACUCAUCUCCGAGCAACAUGGCUGACAGCAAGGCCAAGCCUGCCAAAGCUGCCAACAAGACACCACCCAAGUCCCCAGGAGAACCAGCCAAGGACAAGGCUGCUAAGCGGUUGUCACUGGAGUCAGAGGGUGCCAAUGAGGGGGCAGCUGCAGCCUCUGAGCUCAGUGCCCUGGAGGAAGCCUUCCGGCGGUUCGCGGUGCAUGGGGACACCAGGGCAACAGGGAAGGAGAUGCAUGGCAAGAACUGGUCGAAACUGUGCAAGGACUGCCACGUGAUCGAUGGGAAGAAUGUGACUGUCACUGAUGUGGACAUUGUCUUCAGCAAGAUCAAAGGGAAGUCCUGCAGGACCAUCACUUUUGAGCAAUUCCAGGAGGCGCUGGAGGAGCUGGCUAAGAAGCGGUUCAAGGAUAAGAGCAGCGAGGAGGCUGUGCGUGAGGUGCACCGGCUCAUUGAGGGACGAUCACCAGUCAUCUCUGGUGUCACGAAAGCUGUGUCCUCACCUACCGUGUCACGGCUCACAGACACAACCAAGUUCACAGGCUCCCACAAAGAGCGCUUUGACCAAUCAGGAAAGGGCAAAGGCAAAGCUGGCCGUGUGGACCUGGUGGAUGAGUCAGGCUAUGUGCCUGGCUACAAGCAUGCAGGCACCUAUGACCAGAAGGUGCAGGGGGGCAAGUAGCCUUACAGGCCAAAACUCUGGACACUGCGGGGGCCAGGCACAGGACUGACACCCACUGCACUUCAUUACAUUCCUAUGUUCAACUGGGCAGAACUCAGAAUGCACCUCCACUAGGUAAUGGUGGGGGCAAUGCCCAGGCCUCCUCCUGCUGGGUGCUUUGACACUUCUCUCUCAGACCCCAGGUUUGGGCCAUGAUUCACUGUCCUUUCCUAACAUACCUACCCUGUUCACAAAUGGGAAGUGGACUGCUAUUUCCAAACUGUCUCCUAGGACCAUACCACACUGGCCACUUGUUCUGCAGGUAAAAAGGGGUGUUUUGAGCAUUGGUAGGUAUAAAGACAAGCAGGUCAGACAUCAGAACUCACACUGACCUUAUCCAGGCACUUCUUGGGCAGUAGGAGCUAAGGAACUAACCAACUGCAUAAAGUUAGCUUGAACAGGUCCCUUUGUCCUUUCUACCCACAGGACAUGACUGGGGCUACCUGGUUGUUGUGCCAUGGUGUGUGUGGAACAGUACACAUGUACAUACAAACAUACACACAUGCAUGCACACACACACUCAUGUGCAUGCUCAUCAACAAAGUCUGUGCUGAGUGGCCAAGAGACAACGGAAGCCCCCUGGUGGUCAGGGGAGUGACUUGGAGCAUGAAGCUGAACGUUUCUUCAGGGCUCUUCUAAGACAUGACAAGACUAUGUGCUUGGCCUCAAGAAUGGUUCAGGAACGUGAAGCUGCCUUGACUUCCUCCUUGCCCUGACUCAUCACCAGGUUGAGACACAUGUGAUGCUGAGACAUUUGGUCCAGACCAGACCUGGGCAGUUGUCCCACCAGUGUGAGAUGGGAGCUUUUGCCAGGGCCAAGUUUUGUUGUGCUUUGCUCAAAAGUAUGUGUCCUCAGCUCUAUGAAGACACGUCUGGAUUCAGUUUCCUAACUUUUCUCUAGAGUGAAAGUGUAGGGCACAGGACACCAGAACUAGGCCACCCCAAAACUCUUGCAGCAUCUACUAGGGUUUCUUUUUCUGCCACAGGAGAACACCUGACUCAGUAGUUCAGCCAUGUGUGAAGAUGCCACUUAGGCAGUCCCAUAGGCAUGUGCUUCUAUCAUUACAGCCUCACAGCAACUGUUCCUUUGCAUUACAUAGCCCUGCCCUUGCAUGCAACUUGCUGGACUACGUGGUCAUUUUCUAGAAAGAACCCACAGUGGUCUCAGGACAUGGCUCCCAGAACAGGUGGUUGUUGAAGGUGGGACGUCUUACAUGGCUUGACACAGCACAGGUAGACAGCAAAGUUGCCUCCCUCACUGCCAUGGCACAUAGUGACAUUACCCACGCCUCAGCGGCCCAGAGAGCAUGUCUUCACUGCAGCAUGAGGGAAGGCUGCCUACUAGCCCGAGAGAAAGGCAGGGACCUCGAUACCAGACCUCCCACAAGGCCCUCAGAAGGUCCAAGGUUAUGAAGCCCCUCAACACAGCCACAACUGGAGGAUGGGGUGGUAUAGCCGUCAGCUUCUUCCCAAGGUUCUGGGAGUCUUCAGUACCAGGCAUUAAAAAAAAACAAGUAGCGGAGCCUCGGUUCUGAAACCUGACCUUGCUGGUCUGAGGAAACAAGAGGACACUGGCCCUCCUCACACCCUCCUUCAGAGCCCCUAGUCCCCAUGUGGCUGGCAGUCUCUUGGUCUGAUGCUAUUCUUUUCUACUGCCUAGUAACAGCCCAGUUGCCACCAUCACAGCUGAGUGAAAUGGAACACACACAAAUCAAUCAGGAGGUGACUGCAUAUGAGCCAGGGCAGAGUGACAGGCUAGGGUGGUGUCUGAGGGUCCCUACACCAUGCAGUAGGUCAGAAGUUUCCUUGACCCCAUAGUAGUCGAAGGAUCCUGGACAGAGUCUCCCAUUCAAACAGCCAAGACGCCAGGUUAAUAAUGUCCAGAUGAAGAUCCAGGAGAAGUUCAAGGUUAGCUACCUAGGAGCAUCUAGGAAACAAUGUAAGUGUCCACCUUCACAGAACCACCUAGCCUCCUGGAGAAGCUUCAUUACAAACUGGCCACCUGGCCCAUGUGCUGGGGAUUGAACAGAACAGCUCCGAGUGGCAUGCACACAUAACUUCUGGGCAGCAGAGGUCCAGAAUUGCUAUCUCAGCCCACACAGGAGAAAUCCUCAGCAGGAGAAGAACUUCAGAGAGCAUCUGGUCCAGACCAGUCCUGGGAAGUUGUUCCACUAGUGUGAGAUGGGAGCUUUUGCUCUAACACAACUUGGGCUCUGUAAAUGAAAAGUACGUCACUGCCUUGCUGGUCCUCACUGUCCUAGCACAGAACCUAAGCACCUUAGGGCUCCUGAGGGAUAGUCCUAAGCCCUCCCGUGUUGUCCUUCAGCAGCACCCAGAAUUAUGCCAGACAACUGGUCUUCAUUGUGUCCCUUCUCACUCCCAGUUUCCUCACACAGCACCUUUCUUUAGUCAGUGUUAAGUCUAACUUGGAAAAUACACCCUUCCUCUAGAUGAGAGGUCAUCUGGCAAGGAUAGGGUGGUAACAAUGAGCUUACAAAGACUCAGUGUCUCUCCAUACUGUCAGUGUAAAGUGUUUGGAAUUCACUGUGGCAUCUGUGUACCCUCUCAACAUAGAAACUGAUUGGACUCCAACUCCGCUGCACAGAACAGAUGUGCAUUUCCCUCAGUCUCUGAUGUGAACACAGAGGCACAGUGUUUGUCUCUGUUGCAUGUUUUAUGCGAUACCAAUUAGCUUUUACUAAUCAUGGAUACAUAGAAUUCAGUAUCUAUCUGUGAAUAAAACAAAAAAGAACCAAAAAAGAAAAAAAAAAAGAAAAAAAGAUAAAACAAAAACAACAACAACUGCAUAGCAUGCAAACUGAGACCCAGGACCAUGUGCUAUUAGGUGACAGACACACAAGAGACAGGGACAGGUUCUCUUGGGAUGACAACCAAGAGAUGACAUGGUCUUUUCUGGAGGGGACACCCAGGAGACAAAAAAAAAAAAGAUACAUUCUUAUCAGAGGAAGACACCCAGGAGACAGACAGGUUCUCUUAAGGUGUGACAGCAAGAAAAUAAGAAGAGGUUCUGUCAGGGGCGAUACUCAGGGAUAUAGGUUGGAGUGACAGAGACAUUCUGUUGCAGGUGACACUCAGGAUAUGUUCCGAGUGAAACUUGGACAUGUUCUUUCGGGGGUGACCCUCAAGAAAUGCUCUGUGGGGGCGUUAUAUACAGGGACAUAUUCUGUUGGAGGUGAUAUUCAGGAGAAAGGUACAGGUUGCAGGAAGAACAAUGUAAAUGGUAUUUUAAGUGUCGGGGAAGGAAGGUAGGCAGGCAGGAGAGUGUUUGAGAACACUGACUCUAGUAGAGUAUUUAUUUAUUUCUAUUUAAUGCUAUAGGAAAAGCAACUAGUUAGUGGGAAUGCUUUACCAAAAUCAAAGUUCAAAUUAUGUUUAAACAUUGUGGAAAGUUCUAUAUUUAUACUGGAGUAUUUUUACACCUUUCAGUAUCCUAUCUUACAUAAGGGCACAGGGACAUUAUGACAGAUGGAGACAGUCUUGAAAUGGGCUGCACGGCAGCUUCUGCCACUUUCCUGCAGUCUCUUCCAGGGAGAUGACAGGUGCCUGCCCUGAGCCAAGACUCAACCUUCCCACUCCCAGAGGCCCUGGGUUGCUUCAGUUCCUGUUUUAAUGAAUAGUUUUACAGGCACACAGCUGUACCCAUGGGUUUACAUACUGUUCUGUAGCUGCUUUGGCAUUAGAACUGGCUGGGAGGAUUGAGACAAAUGCCAUGGCACAGACACCUGUGGUAUUUGCCACCUGUCCCCUAUCAGGGAAAACUGCCUGUCUGCCUGGCUUGCUCUCUCUCUCUCUCUCUCUCUCUCUCUCUCUCUCUCUCUCUCUCUCUGCAGAUUUGUAUACUACCUGGCUACAGCAUGGGCACAUGGGAAAGCCCUGCCAACACCUUUCAAGUAUGGCAAGGGUGACAAUUUAGCUGUACUGUGAAGACAUCAAUAGACAAGAGUAUCCUUCCAACACUGAGCCAAACUGCUCUUCUUCACCAACAUACUACUGACCAUUCUGAACUUUAUGGUUCAGGGGUGUGGCCAUCUUGGGACGCUUAAAUUAUCUCUUCCUUUAGACCUCUUAAACUAAACAAAGCCAAACAACAAAGGAAGCCUGUACAACUUAAACUUGAAGGGAAAUAAUAUGCUACUACUACUACUAGUUUGUACUAAGUUUUUUUUCCAAGAAAGGGAGUUAAGUUUAUAUAUAUAUAUAUGUGAUAUAUAUUUUUACACUAUUUUAUUAAUGUUAGGGAAUAUGGAGUAUAUCACUUUAUCAGUGAUGGAUAAUGUUGAUGUCAUGGGUGUUCUGGCUCAGAAAGGCACUUAUGCUGACAUCUAAACCACACUUGCUCAGAAUGUCUGUCAGGUCAGGAUGGCCCUCCUGCCCCUCCUGUAGAGUGCAAGGCAACUAGUCACCUGUUGGACAUAUCAUCAUGGCCUGGCUCAACCUGCUUUAGUGAAUAGCUUGUGUCUAUCAACAUUUUGUUCAUUGUGUUUGCUGUUAUUAACAUUGUGUGUCAAGUUGGUAAAGUGAUGAAUAAAGGUGUUAAAAUGUG